AUGGCGGGCCCUACAUCAGGGCAAGGAGGCGUCAUCUAUGGCGCUGGCUGUUUUAGCGCUCCUGGCCAUCUUCUGUCCUUGGACGAACUCGAGGAAAGGCGGGAAUACGCGAAACAGCUCGAGAACUAUAUGAAACGGGGCUUUCACCUGAUUCAACAUUGCGUAGGAAGCAUCAUAGACCCAACUCCAGCUCAGUCCUCACCUCAGAUCACGAAAUCAUCGGCGAUUCCUGGGAGUUCAGUGUCCGAGUGCGAAUCAGAUAACGGUUUUCCUUGGAACUGGGACAUGCCCAUGUUUGGGACUAAUCUUAAGCUUAAUGACCAUGUCUGUGACUUGGUUGAAGAGGCUAAAUGCUUGGAACGUGAUGGCAAUUCUUGUGUUGUGCUGGGUACAGUAGACCCUAUGGUUAGCCACAUCAUUCCGUACACAUGGUGGGACACCAAGGAGCAUGGCAACACGACUGGUGAUAUCAAGUUUCGCGGUCCUGGCUUGCCCAGUGUCAAUCUUCUAGGAGGGAAUUGCUAUGUCUACAACCCGCAUGAACUGAGAGGCACCGAUAAAUUCCGAUGGAUGCCUCGAACCAAGAAGUGUCUCGGUCAAGAAAUAGACAUCAGCGGCACAGGUCAUGGGAGUGACUCGCGGCAGUUAAUCGACGAGCUCAAUUUGUUCCAUGAUCAAGGUAAUCCAACGCCGGUUUCUUGUGAAGGAGCAUUACGACACCUCACCAGGUCGGGUAAGCCUCUGCCGUCAGGAUACCUUAUCCACAUCAACAUGCAAACAGACGAAACGAAACGCUUCAAGGAAGCCAUAGACAUUCAGUGGGCGUGCAUCCUGUUCGCGGCUUUCAGCGGCGCAGCGGGCAAUCCCGAAUUACCUUCGAGGCAGAACCCGGAUGAUAAGGCCAUGCAGUGGAUUCAGAGCCAGGCGAGAUAG